CUCCGCCAUGCUCAGACUAUGGUCCCUCGGCACUCGUUCCGCCCUUCCUCGAUGUAGGGCACUCCAUAUCACGGCCGUGAACAAUGCGGUCGCUGAGGCCGAGUCCUCGACAGCCGCUGUUAGCAAAUGGACACCUAAGUCAGUUCGAACGGGGCUCAUUGCGCGCAAGCGGGGCAUGACUGUGAUGUGGGAUAGCUAUGGGGUGCGAUACCCUGUUACGGUCCUUCAGCUGGAGAACUGUCAAGUCACUGCAAACGUCCGGACAGUCCGAGAGGACCAGUCCGAGUAUCAUGCUGUUCAGGUUGCUGCGUCGGACAGGCCAGCGAAGAACGUGACGAAGCAGAUGCUGGGCCACUUCGAUAGAGCUGGUGUACCCCCAAAACGUAUCGUCAAGGAGUUCCCAGUAACACCGGACGCUCAUGUACCAGUUGGGACCACAUUCUCUGCCAUCCACUUUGUUCCCGGCCAGUAUGUGGAUGUGAUUGCGAAGUCGAUUGGCAAAGGCUUCCAGGGUACCAUGAAGCGGUGGAACUUCAAGGGUCUGCGCGCGAGUCAUGGUGUGUCCGUCUCACACCGCGCGGCAGGUGCCAUUGGGGCCCAUCAAGACCCCGGCCGUGUCUGGCCCGGCAAGAAGAUGGCCGGACGUCUGGGCGGCGAGCGCACCACGACGCAAAACCUCGCUGUCGUCCGCGUCGACUCUGAACUCGACCUCAUCUUCGUGCGCGGGUGCGUUCCAGGGGUGGACGACGCGCAUAUUAUGAUACGCGACGCCAAGAAGAAGAUGACGCAGCUCGCACAACACAACCAUGCGAAGGGCAAUGUUGACAAGGUCCUUCCCAGAGGUCUAGUCGACCUUCCCUUCCCCGCUGGCACGAAGGAGCUGGCGAAGGCGCUCCCGCCCGUGAUCGAAGCUCCUUCUUCGCGUGUUAGCGACCCAUUCGUUCCUAGGGAAUAGAUUAUAAACUUGUAGUUGUCUCCGCUCAACGUCUGGCGUGACUGGGGCUGUGGCUGCCGUUCAUCGAGGUACGUCAGAAGACGUGUUUGAGCACUUAUACAGUGUCCUAUGUCGGCAUAUGUCGUAUGUUAUUGACAUUCUAACAGCCGGAAGCAAUGUCCCAGCGUGUCGAGGAAGAGAAGGUCGAACGGUCCCGAACGUGAACGACAGCCACGGCGAUUUGGUCAGAUAUGCUGCGCCGGCGC